AAAAAUGUCACCCGUUUGGAUUGCCCUGUUGGUUGCCGGCUUUGUUGCCAUGUUGCUUACUUCUAUUGUCGUCACUUGCUUCUACAAAUCAAAAAAGAAAGGCUCCCAAUUCAAUAUGCUUGACUCAGCAACCUUGGCUAGUACUUUUGAUGAGGAAGGCAGUCUGAAGCCUUUAGGACCCGACAACAAAGUAUUGGCUGAUGAAGUAGAGGAUGUAAAGGUUGACUCAGCAACCCUGGCUUGUACUUUUGCUGUGGAAGGCAGUCUGAAGCCUUUAGUACCCGACAACAAAGUAUUGGAUGAUGAAGUAGAGGAUGUAAAGGGUGUUUAUCCUUUCAAUUUGAUGAAUGGUGAUUGUUUUCACGAUGGAAGGCUUGUAUUAGGAGGGCAGAUGACAAUUGAAUGUAGAGCCUGUACCAAUACGUCAAUAAAAACAGGACUAUCAGACGAUGAACGGAUGCAACUAUCCGUUCAUGAAGCCGGGCACGCAUGGCUCGCAUUUCGUGGUGGUUUACGAGUGGUCAAGAUAACGCUUGUCCCCAAUGGGGAAUUGUUGGGACGUACUAUUAUUGAACAUGGCGAAAAACAUAUAUGGAGUUUGAAAGAGAAGAACAAUUUGCAAAUAGCGUUCUGGGGGGCAAGACAAGCUGAAGUGGCUUUACGUGACAAUGGGAUGACGAGCUUAUUUGGAGCCGAUAAAUUGGCGAUUGAGAAACUUGCCGCAUCUAAUGUUCGCGAAUUUGGCUUACUUGAGGACCAAUCUCUAGCUACAAUAAAACCAGAAUCAAAUGAGUUUGUGGCACUACAAGAGAGAGCAAUUUACAAUAACAUGCGAUUCUGCGAGUUGGAGGCCAAAAAGAUGGUAGAAGAGGACAAGGAGGCUAUCAAUGCGCUUGCUUCUAUACUAUAUGAGUACAAUGAACUUAGCGAUGAAAAGGAUAUUAGACGAAAAUUAACCAAACUCCAGGACAUGUAUAAGAACAAACAAUAA